AUGAUGUUCAAGGCCAGCGCCACCGCCCUCCUCCUCCUCGCCAGCGAGACACUUGCCUCCCAGCAAGGGUUCCAGAGCCAGUUUCAGGGCGGCGUCAUCCCGCCCCCUGCCGCCGCUGCCGCUCCCAAGGUCGUCCCGGUGCCCCCCGUCGUCGAGGCCCCCGUUGCAAAGGGGCCGAAAGUGCCUGCUGAGCUCUCCUCCUCUCUCGAGAUUGCGCCGACGCCGAUCCUCUCCACGCCAGCUGCCUCGGUCAGCACCACCGCCACCGAAUCACUCCCCACGGGGUCUAUCGAGCAGUCAGCCUCCCUGUCGUCCUCUGAGCUUACCGAAGCUGUCCUCGCGAGCACCAGUGCCCUAGAGGUUUCUAGCACUCGCGAGGCAUCCAGCUCCAUCGAGCACUCCAGUGCCAUCGAGCACUCCAGUGCCAUCGAGCACUCCAGUGCCAUCGAGCUCUCCAGUGCCAUCGAGCUCUCCAGUGCCAUCGCGAUACCCAGUGUCAACGCGACUUCCAGUGCUUCGAAGGCUGAGGCAACCGAGCUUUCCACGUCCCAUAUUGUGGGAGCUGAAGCUACGAGCAGUCUGUUUCCCAACAGCACCACACAUAUUGCGACUGCGACCGAAAGCCUAGCUCUCAGCUCAGAGCUUCCAGUUGUCAAUGGCACCCUUUCUGAGGAAGCCGCCCGGACCACCUCCAUCCCGGUUGCUGUCAACGGCACCUCGCUGUCCAGUGGCAUCAUCAGCGAAGCCACCCUGACCAGCGCAGCAGCAUCCGUUCAAAUCUCCACGGAGCUCCAGAUUGAGACUCUUACACAGGUCCUCAACAACAAUUUGACCGUCACGAGCGUUGUCACCAGAGAGCAGAUCAUCACUGCCCCUCCUGGACCACCAGCUACUGAGACCGUUUCCGUUGUCUCGACCGAGACGGCUAUCAUCAGGCAGCCUGUCAUCAUCAUUGUCCAGCAGGUUACCCUGUUCGUGUUCCAGUCCGGCCUUGGCGGCAUCUGUCCCGCUGUGCAGCCGGCCCCCGCGCCGCCUGCUGUUCCCGGACAGCCCGCCCCGGCGCCGGGCGCCGGCGGUUUCGUCGUGGGCGGCGUCACAUUUGGCCAGUUCCAGGAGGCCUGCGUGGCUGCUUGUAACAUUCAGUUUACCCAAUGCCAGUCCAUCGUCGGCCCUGGCAUCCAGCUCACCCAGUGCCAGUCGCAGUUCAUCGCCUGCCAGGGCACCGCUGCCAACGCCAACGCCACUGCUCCUGCUCCCACCACCAUCACCCAGACCGUGGUGCUGCCCCCCGACCAGACCAACCCUCCGGAGGCCACGUCGCACAUCGUCGCAGGUGGUGGCGAGGUCAUCGCCACCUCGGCCCUGCCCUCCGGUGCUGUGGCCACGAUAGGCGAGAGCGGCGUCAGCAUCAUCACUGUCACCGCCACGCCCGCGCCUGCCGCUCCCGAGCCAACGGCGCCGAUCGAGGCCGCAAAGCCCGUGCAGCCCGUGCAGCCCGUGGAGGAGGCCGAGCCCAUCACCUCCGUCGUGAUCAUCACCAUGGCGCCCAACCCCACCCAGCCCGGCGUGCCCCAGAUCAGCACCGCCAUCGUCACCAUCCACCCGCCCCCCGUGCCCCUUGCCCCCGAGGGCGGCAAGGACCAGGCCGCUCCACCCCCCCACGUCCAGACCGGCGUCGUCACCAUCACCAUGGGCGACCAGGUCGGCGUCAUCACCAUGACAGUCCACCCCUCGGCCGCGCCGACCGCCGCCGCGCCCACCUGCCCCGCGCCCGUCACCGUCACCGAGACCGCCUCCAACUGCGGCACGGCAGUCACCCUCACCGAGACCAUUGUCGCCACCGCCACGCCUGUGCCUGAGCAGGGCCAACAGGAGGUCGAGCAGCCAAAGAAGUACAGGCCCUUCCGCCACAGCUUUGUCGACCGCAGGCGUAGCACGCCGCACGACGUGCGCAGGAAUCACAGGCUUCUGUAG